GACAAAAGAGUGAAAAGGGACUCUCCUGCUUUCACAGGAUUUGUUACGGCUGGAUCCAAAAAAAUUAUCGCCGUCUCAGAAGCGGCGUUACGAGCAGCACAGCGUCGUUUAGAUGCCAUUUCAAAGGAACAUCAACCCUCUGGAUCAAACGAAGAAAAUCUAGAUCCCUCUCAAGAGAGUGUGUUCCGAGAAAACAGUGUAAAGAGAGUUGUGAUCUCGUCUACAACAGCUAGGAGGAACUCAAAAAAUCCCUUCAGUACCCCAUUUCGACCGCCAGACAUGGUUAAACCGAUUCUCACUGAUGGACCUUCAACAAGCAUAGCUGCUGCUGGAUCUGCAGUCUCUACAGCAUCGUCUCGCAUAACGUGCAUCCGUGACCUACGCAGCUGCAAGUCAAUUUCCGUCAACUUUAUGGGCAUUGUGAUUAGCGGCACUUCGUCCUGUUCACAUGAUGUUGGUGAUGCUCCCACUAUCAAGGUUAUUUUAGACUUUAUGGGCAUUGUGGUUAGCGGCACUUCGUCCUGUUCCCAUGAUGUUGGUGAUGCUCCCACUAUCAAGGUAGCGGAUCGCUAUGGUGAUUCUGUCUCUGUUGAGCUGCAAUCAACCUCCAUCCCUCCUAACAUAUCUCGAGGCUCUGUUGUCUCCAUAGAAGGAGCUUUGCUCAGGUCUCAACGAGGAACAGUGUCGCUCGUGCUGACUGAUACAGCGUUCGUAGACUUAGAGCCGAGUGAUCCAGAAGCAGAGUGCCUACAUCGAUUAUACAAAACCGGAUUGUUUGAUGUAGCUGAGAAUGAAGACUCUUUCUCAUUUGCUAACACUUCACUUCGUUUGAUCGGUCGCCUCCAUGAAUAUGCUCGAGAAGCUUCUACUGUGAUGGCUCGAAUAUGUAGUAUUGAUGUUGACAAACUUAUCUACCUAGGGUGUUCCUCGUGUCAACGACAUAUUGAUCCAAAUCCUAAGGGUUCGGUCUCAUGCCAGCACUGCCAUAACAAUAAAGCGCGAUAUUUUUACUCACUGAAUGCUGAGCUCGCGGACUUCAGCGGUGUUUUUGUUGUAAAGUUAUCAGAUGACACUGCUAAAAAGUUGAUUGGACGUCCAGCUGCUGCAAUGCUAAAGAUUAAAAGGGAAGAACUUCUAGAAAAAUUAUGCAGUCUCUACUUUCGGCCUAUGCUCUUCCGUAUUUCGCUUCAAAAUUCGGGAUGGCUUGUCGAUGAUUGCAAGCAACUGGAUAUUCCGAAAUUCAAGCCAUACUUGAGAAAUAUAGCUGAGCAAAAGGGAUACAGAUGA